UAUCAGUAAAAUAUCAGAUUAGCAAAUAUGAUUCGGAAUAUUGCACUCAUCCUCGUGAUUCAGGCUGCAACUGCGUGGGCCCAAUACACGUGUCCCGAUGCUGGCUUGUUCUGUGCCAGCUGCACCUCGCUGGCCAUCUGCACAGCAGCUGGAGCAACAGGGAACGAAAUACCUUGUCAGACCGGCCAGUUGUGUGGCGUCUCCGGCACCUUCGCCUCCUGCUACUCUAACACAGCCACCGAGACCUCAGCGUGUAAGUGCGAGACCAGCGGCGGCUACCUGGUGGAUCCCUACCUGCCCUCCCAGUACUUCCUUUGCCUACCUGGUGGGGAGCAACUGGCCGUAACUUGCGCGUCAUCCGAGUCCUUCGACCCUGAGCAGAACGCCUGCACAGUUAUGCCUGCAAUAACUACUCCGACGCCUCCAACUUGCUCAGCUAUCGGGUUCUUCGCCGUGUCCUGCACCUCGUACUACGCCUGCACAAGCAGCACGGGCGAAGGGACGGUGUACGACUGUCCCACCGGCCAGUACUUCCACGAAGUCAAGGGCGUGUGCGUCCCCCCCGAGGAGCUGACGCCCACCUCGUUCUCGUGCGGGAGCGAGGACGGCGCCUUCGGGGACACGGUCAACUGUACCAUUUUCUACGUGUGUUCCGGCGGAAGCCAGGUCGGGUCCCCCCUCUCAUGCCCCGAAGGAACGAUUUUCGAUAGUACGCUUGGAUUCUGCAAUGCGGGUGUCUGCGAUAUUGAAGUUAGCGUCUGCGCCUCCAGUGUCUCUUUGGCGUCAACGAGCCCUGUGUCAUCGACCACAUCUUCGUCGACGUUAAGUUCAACAUCAACAUCAUCAUCGACAAGCUCAUCAACAUCAUCAACUUCCUCUUCAACAUCAACAUCAUCAUCUACAUCUUCCUCUACAUCAUCAGUAUCAUCAUCUUCUUCUUCAUCAACAACAUCAGUAUCAUCGACAUCAACAUCAACUCCCUCAUCAGUAUCUUCUACUCCAAGCUCAACCUCUACAUCUCCUUCAACACCAUCCUCUACAACACCAUCCUCUACAACACCCUCCUCUACAACACCAUCCUCUACAACACCAUCCUCUACAACACCAUCCUCUACAACACCAUCCUCUACUACACCAUCCUCUACAACACCAUCCUCUACAACAACAACCUCAACAUCAACGACGACGGCAUCAACGACAACAACGUAUGUGACUCCAACAUGCACUGCCGAUGGGGAUACAUUCCCUUAUCCAGGCGACUGCACACGGUUUUACUCUUGCGUGAAGGGCGACCUGGUUUUGUAUACCUGUACCGGAACGCUGGUUUACAGCCCUACUCUUGGAUACUGCACACUGCUGGAAAAUGUACCUGAAUGCAACUGAGUUCCUUCCUUUGAUAGUUGUCCACUCCACGACCUAAAUCCUCGCACGUCUUUCCAUAAGAUUAUUUUAUUAUGUAUCUUGAAUAAAGCAUGUUACAAAAUUCCAA